UCAGCUGGCAGCGACAGGGCUGUCGCCAACAUAAAAAAUUUAAUUAAAUAAUUUGCUUUUGGUUUUUGCAUUGAAAUUCUAAAAUUUUAUAUUUAUUAUGAACUUUUGGCGCAACGUUCGGCAGCUGCUCAAAAACAAACGUAUUUUUUCACAUGUUUUUCUGAGUGUUCAUUUAAAUGGAUCGUUCCCGAAAGUAUUUGUUCAUCCACAUUUCUACAAUCUGGCAACGCUGUUCAAGUUUGCCGCUAUUGUCGGGUUGAUGGAGCCACAUAAAAAACUGCGUACAACAAGCAAAGCCAAAUAUGACACGAUAAUUGACUCGAAGGCGCAACAAUAUCUAAAUGCACUGAAAGUGCGAUGGAUGCAACUACACGAGAUGCCCGGCUUAUUCGCCUAUCAGCUGCGGGAGGAGCGUUUAAAGCGACAACUGCCCGGGCGAUAUGGUUUCCAUGUGGAAUUGAAUGCGGAUAGAUCGUUGAAACGUCGCGCACCACAAAUUAUAGACAAUUUGAAUCCUAAAUUUAAGCCGCAGCAGUUCAAUUUCAAUAAAGUCGAUGGCCAGGAAGUGCUGCUGAUCAUCGAUGAUCUGAAGGAUAAGUGCGAGAUACAGAUGAUCAUCAACAAGAGUCCACUGACCAAAUAUCAUACACUCAUCUGUCCCGAUGUAAAGAAGAAUUUGGUACAACGCGUAACAUUAAAAUCGCUGGCUUUCUGCAUCAAUUUCCUGCGCAACAUUGAAGAACCCAAUAUGCGGAUGGGCUACAACAGUCCGGGAGCUCUUGCCUCCGUCAAUCAUCUACAUUUCCAUUUGCUGGACAUGCCACAAGAGUUGUACAUCGACAAAGUGAAUCUGCAGGAGAUUGCCGGUGGCUAUGCCUAUCGGUUGAAUAAGGAAUCGCCCACAGAAGCUGUGUGUUUUGUUGUCCAGGCCAAAGAUGAUGAGCAACAGGUGCUGGAGAAGGUGCAGAAUAUCCAUAAGCUGACCGAAUGGUUGUGCAACAACAAGUUGCCACACAACAUGUUUAUCACACAGCAAAAGAACUCCAACGAUCUCCGAGUAUUUGUGUUUGUACGCGACAAGUUUUGCGUGUCCAAGGAUGUGACGGCCUUCAAUGUGGGAUUCUGCGAACUGGCUGGAUUCAUUCCACUUUCAGAUGAGGAUAAAGUAAAGAAUUUGACGGAGCAGAAGGUAAUUGAACGCAUUCGCUCUGUUACUGGAAAUGCCUACGAUGCUGUCUACGACCAGGUGCAACACAUUGUUAAUGGCACCGAUCAAUCGCUGUGGCAGCAGCCGUUUACUUUAUAAGUAGUACAUAGAACUUUGUGAUUGUAGCUUAAAUUUAUUAAAUACGAAAUAACAUUGCUAAACGGCCGCUGCAAUGAA